UUGGCUGCAGGUAUUACGGCCAUGGCUUCUGUAGGUAGCCUGGAAGUAGCGGAGCGGGGCCACCAGCGGCCUUUCCUGAUCGGGGUGAGCGGAGGGACGGCUAGUGGCAAGUCGACGGUGUGCGAGAAGAUCAUGGAGCUGCUGGGGCAGAACGAGGUCGAUCACCGGCAGAGGAAAGUCGUCAUUUUAAGCCAGGACCGGUUCUACAAAGUGCUAACGACGGAGCAGAAAGCCAGGGCCGUCAAAGGACAGUACAACUUCGAUCACCCCGACGCGUUUGAUAAUGACCUGAUGCACAGAACGCUGACCCAUAUCCUGGAAGGGCAGAUUGUGGAUGUGCCCAUUUAUGACUUUGUAACUCAUUCCAGGCUACCAGAGACCACCACUGUGUACCCCGCCGACGUCCUGCUGUUUGAGGGGAUCCUCGCGUUCUACAACCAAGAAAUCAGGGACAUGUUCCAUCUGAAACUUUUUGUCGAUACAGAUUCUGAUGUCAGGUUGUCCCGGAGGGUUCUACGCGACAUGAAGCGAGGCAGAGACUUGGAGCAGAUACUCACGCAGUACACGACGUUUGUGAAGCCGGCCUUCGAGGAGUUCUCCCUGCCGACUAAGAAGUACGCGGAUGUAAUUAUCCCGCGGGGGGUUGAUAAUAUGGUGGCCAUUAACCUGAUCGUACAGCACAUCCAAGACAUCCUCAACGGAGACAUCUGUAAAUGGCAGCGCGGGAUCCAGAACGGCCGCUCCACGAAGAGGACCUUCCCCGGGCCGGGGGAAUCCGGAGGGGCACUCGUUCCUGGAAAGCGCACUCACCUGGAAUCCAGCAGCCGGCCUCACUGAGCCGGAGUCAUCGGGAGUAACCGGUGCGGUUCGGAUUCUUUCCCCAAAAUCCCACGGCUCCUCUCCCCCUGUCCGUAUUUCCAACAUGCGAUAACAUUUGAGAGGGUAACAGACUCCGGCUGCAGGCGGGUGUGAUGGUCUACUAACCUUACACCGGAUAUAGGGUUAUCUAUAGAACAUCAAAUAGCUUUUAUAGCAUCUUAUUAACCCCUUUACUUCCGGACAGCCACAGCAGCCGGAACAUAGGGAGGAGGUUAAACCGACUAGCACGGGAUGUAUAGACUUCUAGAGCGUGUAAUGUGGCAGCGACCGUCCGCUUAGGGCUGGGUUCCCGCUCAGAUGCCAGUUAUUUUUAUUAAAUUUGGGAUUGCUGAAUAAAUGAGCGAUUCCUUUCAGAGCAAAAUGCUUUACCUCCUGGCACUCAGACCUCCGCUGGGCAACAGCGGGACUGAAUACGCCUCCUAAAUACCUAACCUGUGGGUCUCUGACCUCUAAAGGGAAAUUGUCUCUUUUUAGCUGUUUUUAAUGAGUUAAAUUAGCCUUUUUAUUGCACUUCUGUAAUACGUUAUUUGCACGUGGAUACGCACACAUGCAUGUUUGAGCUUUCUCACAAUUCUUAUCCGUGUUUUCUGGCUGAAGGAUUUGACGGCUCUGUCCAGUACGUCUCCCUGUACCCGUUUGACAAUUAGCCGGUAGUAAUAUUUAUAUCGCCAAAUAUCAA